AAUUUAAGUUAAACCAUGAAAAGAUAGUUAACUUGUGGCCAGAUUACACAAGAUUAAACAUCUUUGAUCCGUGAAGUAGAGGGUGUUGAGAAUCGGAGAAGGGUAAUGGAGAAGAACAAGAAUGAGAGCCAAACACUCACUUCAUCACCCCUUUCUCCUUUCACUCAACCAAUCCGUUGCAUAGUCAAACUCGGAGGAGCUGCAGUCACUUGCAAAAAUGAAUUGGAGAUGAUAAAUGAGGAGAUUCUUCAGAAGGUUUCAGGACAGCUGAGGCAAGCUAUGAUUGCAUCUUCUGAGAAGCCUCUUGGGAUGGAUUGGAGCAAGAGACCUGGAGGAUCAGAAAUCUGUUGCAACCCGGAAGAAUUUGGAGAUCAUUCUGCCAUGGAAUGUAGCCCUUUCAUUGUGGUUCAUGGAGCAGGUUCUUUUGGGCACUUCCAAGCUAGCAAAUCUGGUGUCCACAAGGGGCAAUUGAAUAAACCUCUUGUCAAAGGAGGCUUUGUUGCUACCCGAAUAUCUGUAACCACUCUUAAUCUGGAAAUUGUUAGAGCACUAGCCAGAGAGGGCAUUCCUUCAAUUGGAAUGUCACCUUUCUCAUGUGGAUGGUUCACCAGUGAGAGACAUAUAUCUUCAGCUGAUUUAUCUUCAGUGGCUAAGGCAAUUGACUCUGGUUUUACACCGGUUCUGCAUGGAGAUGCAGUGCUUGAUGAGAUUCAGGGAUGCACUAUUCUGAGUGGAGAUGUUAUCAUAAGUCAUCUGGCAGCGUACUCAAAGCCUAAAUAUGUUGUUUUUCUGACAGAUGUAUAUGGGGUAUAUGAUCGCCCUCCAACAGAACCUGAUGCAAUACUCUUAAAGGAGAUUGCUGUUGCUGAUGAUGGAAGCUGGUCAGUUGUAAAACCGAAGUUGCAGAACUCAAUUGAACUAACAGUUGCUGCUCAUGAUACAACUGGUGGGAUGAAAACAAAGAUAUCAGAAGCUGCAAUGAUAGCAAAACAUGGAAUUGAUGUCUACAUUGUUAAGGCAGCUACAAGCCACUCGUUAAGGGCCUUAAAUGGAGAUCUGAGAAGCAGCAUCCCUGAUGACUGGCUUGGAACUGUUGUUCGGUCCUUGAAAUAAAUCGGCCAUGACAAAAUCUUUUGCUUAGUUUUCAACAAUCAACAUGAAGUAGUAGCUUUUGGUCACAUCAUGAGUAUGAGUUGUAUAUCUAAACAAUACAACUCAAAAAUCAUGUGUCAAAUGCUAAAUGAACGAAUUACUCGACCAUUUGUAACUUCUCAUUUUAUUCGGUGCUGUCAAAAUUAGCUACAUGGAUUACUUGAUGUCAGUAGACUUGAUUACAAGCCAAAUUUUCAAGGAAAUACAAUAUUUCUGUAAAAGUUGUUGAGUAACUUAUGUUGCUUAUGCAAGUUGUGUCUGGCUACAUCAGUAUUUUUAA